AUUAAUAACAAAUUAAAAUCUAUCUAUAUAAGUAGCCACUCAAACUAUUGAUAUAUCAUAAUUAUACAGUGAAAUUCUAGUGACUUUCAAAUAUGUGUGCAACAAGAGGAGCUUUGGUUGCUGCAACAAGUGUUGGACUUGUGGAGACAUUGAAGGAUCAAGGGUAUUGCAGAUUGAACAACAACACCAUGAGAUCAAUAGCACAACGUGCCACCAACCAAAUAAAAUCCUUAGCUCAAGCCAAGAAGUUGCCUAUAACUUCUUCUUCUUCAAUUUCAAAAAAAUUGAGUGAUGAAAAGAACAGAAAAGCAGAGGAGUCUCUAAGAACCGUUAUGUUCUUGAGUAUUUGGGGUCCCAAUUCUUAGAACCAUAAAUGGAAAGAAAAAAUGGUAUCAUUCAAGCAUCAAAGAAAAAUAUGGUGCCACCGGUCAUAUUCAACCAUAUAUUUCUGUAUCAAACUUGAGAGCUGAAGGCUCGCAAGAUAAAACACACUGUCAAACUUGAUGUGUGUAUGUAUUAUGAUCGAUUAGAUGUUGUGAGUGUAAAUUUGUUUGAAUAAAAAUUUACCAGCUUAAUUUGAUCAUAAGAAAGUUUGUGCUGUGAAUUUGAAUUUGAGUGAGAUUAUUUAUUUCCUUUA